GACGACGCUUGACAAGAUCGCGGCAUGUCGACGACGAUGGCUGAGCCGGCGGCAGCGCCGGGCCGGUACGAGUACCUUCUGCAGCAAGUCGUGCAGCUCAACACGGACCUCCACAAGACAGUCGCCAUGAGCCAGUCGCUCAAGGCGGAGCGCGACAGCCUCCAAGAGCUCAGCGACAAGCUCAAGCACGAGCUGCAGCGCGCCGAAGACAAAUGCGAAAAGAUGCACGCCAUCCUACUCAACGAGACCGAGCACAAGGUUGCGUCCGACCGCAAGCACGAGCAGCUCAUGCACAAGUGGAAGCAGCAGCUCGAAGCCAAGGCGCGCGAGUUUGAGGCGCUACAGAAGAGCCUCGCGCCGCCCAAAGACCUCGACCAGCUACGGAUGAAGAUCCAGGACGACAUCGAGCUGCCGCACCGCCAACGGGUGCAGAGCCUGCAGAUGGACAUUGAAAAGUACAGGGACAUGUUUUUCCAUGCUCGGCGCGACUACGAGAUCCUCAAGACCGAGCACGAGCAGAUACUCAUGCAGCAUGGCAGCGAGCUCGAGAGCUUGAUGGCGACGCACACUAUUUUGACGCAGGACCUCAAGCGCAAGCUCGAGGUCGCCGAAGAGAAAGCGGAUGACAUGACCAUGGUCGAGCGUGUGCGCAAGUUGGACCAAGAACGCGAGACGAUUUUGCUGGAAAACCAAAAGUUGCGUGCGGAACUCGAACAACUGCGGACCGCCAAACACGCCCUCUUCCAUGCGUCCGAGGCGCAAGCCACAAAGCUCCACGCGUCGAUUGCCGAGUUGACGCUCGCUCGCACGAAUCUGGAGCUCGAGCUCAAGUCGUUGACGCGCCAGAACCAGCGCCAGACCGACGACCUCGAAAAAAGCAUCAUCCAGCGCGACGAGCUUGAGAAGAAGCUCCGUGACGCCAACGACGACGCAGCGCGGGCGCGUGAUCAGCUCAAGCAAAAGGAUCUCGCCCUGCUCGACAACCAAACGCUCUACAACACCAAACUCCGUGAACUCCGAUUGGACGUUGAGAGCGAAAAAAAUCUCUUUAAAGACAAGGAGACCCAAUACCUCGACAAAAUGGCCCACGUGCAGCAGGCACACGACCAGCUCGAAGCCGCCUACGCCAAGCGCGAGAAGGAGUGGCAGAUCGAGUCGGCGCGGCAGCAAAUGGCCGCGGCCAGUGACCGCACGCAUUUAGCCGAGUCGCUGAGCCAGCUCGAGGCCAAGCUCAGUGAGCGCAACCUCGAGGUCGCCAAGCUGCAAGAAGAUCUCGAGACGCGGGGACAAAAGCUGGUGCUCGAUCUCGAGCAAGAAAAAAUGAAGUGCCAACGCCUACAAGGCGAGAAGGAGUCGCUGCAGCUCAAGUUCAAUACCAACCAAGAGCUGGUGGCCAAGCUCAAGGCAGAAACACUCACGUGGCGGGCCCAACACAAGGAAAUGGAGCAAGAGUACCGUACACUGCAAGCCAAGCAUCGCGACGCAUUGGAGACGCAGCAAGAGCUCCAGAGUGUCCUCGAGCAGUACAAAGCCAAGAUCGAAUACCUUGAAGACGACGUGAGCCAGCUUACCAAGAGCAUGCAGAUGGAAAAGGAGCACUACAGUCGCGUCCACCAUCAGCUCCAGCAGCAGCUCGACGAGUCCGUUGCUGCGGCCCUCUCUGCGCGCCGAAGUCUGCAGCACGACUUGAAAACCAACGUGUCCAAGCUCAGCCACGCCCUCCACAGAGCAGAGAAGAAGCGAGAUGCGUACAAGCAAAAGUGCCUCGAGGUGCACGAUCGCUACAAGGUGGCGCAGAAGGAGCGCGACACGCUUGCGAUCGAGGCCCAGCGGCUGAAAGACGACCACCAACACGAAAUCCAGCAAAUCUUGCAGCAGUGGCACCAAGCCGAGCACGACAAGACGCAGCAGUUCCUCGCGUCGAGCCUCUUCAAGCCGGACGCCAAACUUGACGCGUUCCUUGCCCAAGUCGACCAAUACGCGCAGGCCAGUCCAUCCACGUAAUCGAAGAAACUGUACAGGUGGUGGUGCUAUCUAAGUUGA